AUGCGAGCGGCCAGUCAGGCUGGAUUGUCAGGACAUAGCGGGCCUCAAGCGCAUCGACGACGCCGGGCUCGGGAGCAAGCCCGUACGGUCGAGCAAGACGAGACCAGAGGAAUGUUGAACGACCUCCGCGCAGAGUUCACCCGAUGGCAGAACGAGCACGCCUUGAGGCCUCCUUUCGAUUAUACCGUUUCAUUAUUGCGGACACGCUUCACGGCGGAGAUCAUGGCUCAACCUUACCCCCUCGACUUGCGAAUCCCUGGAAACAAAGAGUAUGACGGCCGGACAGACCCAGAGGUUCACAUCAACACUUAUUAUGGAAAUAUGCUCAUGAUGGGCGUAACUGAUGCCGUGAUGUGCCGGACUUUUUACUCGACGCUUUCCGGUCGGGCGGCCGAGUGGUUCAGAACGUUGCAACCAGGGUCCAUUUAUGAUUUCUCUAGUUUGGCGACAAAAUUCACUUGGAAGUUUAUAACUUCCAAAGUCAUCCUGAAGCCUUACAUGUAUCUUGAAAAGGCUAAGCAACUGGAAGGAGAGAGCUUGACUGAUUUCUUAGUCAAGUGGAAGGCGGCGGUGGGAGAGGUCGAGCCCAUGGACGACCUAACGGCUAUUCACAUGCUACAUAUUUCUCUCCGAGCCGGUUAUUUAAAUCAGGAUUUUAUACUCCACCCGCCUGCCACCUAUGAAGAAGCGCUCCGUAGAGUGACGGAUUAUGCCAAUGCUGGAGAGGAAAAUGCCGUCAAAUGCUCCCAAGAGGUCGGAUCUUCCCGGAAACCAUCCAGUCGGACGGACAACCGGUCGGGUGAAGACCAUCCCCGAGCCCGAGCCCGGCCGGGAGAUUUCACGGCGUUAAACCGAUCGGCGGCGGAGGCCAUGCAAUAUGCCCAGUCCUGCAACCUCAUUCGUUUACCUCAUCCCAGACUGGAUGAGAAGGAUAAGUUGAAACAUUGCGCUUAUCAUCGAUGUGUUGGGCAUGACACAGAGGAGUGCACGCACCUGAAACAGCUGUUAGAAGAUUUGCUCCAAUUGGGAAAGUUGGAUAAGUGUGUUGGGAAGCGAGAAGAGAAUAAAAGAACAGCCGAGAGAAAAGAUCACAGACGCUCUAAUCGUCCUGAUCGAUCGGACCAGGACCAGCGGGAUCCCGAUCCACCGUCGAGUGGUCAACAAACAUCAAUGCCGACUAUUCAUGUUAUAUUCGGGGGCUUGGAAGAUGCUUCCCAAGCCCGAAACCCUUGCCCGGUCGCGAUCGUCAACUCCUGGGAAACCGGUAAGAGGCAGAAAAUGAAGCCAAUCACUUUUUCUCUUGAAGAUCAACCCGAGAGCGGAGACACCGGGAUGGAAGCGCUUGUUGUUACGAUCGACAUCAUGGGAGUCGACGUACAAAGGGUGAUGGUAGAUACUUGGAGCAGCGUCAAUGUUCUUCAUUUGGACGUUUUCGAGAAACUAAAACUGGACCGACGGGAGCUGAUUCCAGUCGGUGUACCCUUGUCGGGAUUCACCGGGGCUACCAUACGCCCCGAAGGAAAAAUCGUCCUCCCAGUCGAGCUAAGAUCUCCGCCCAAGUCAGUCAAGACGGAGAUGGAAUUUGUGGUCGUGAAUCUUCACUGCGUCCACAACGUGAUCCUAGGUCGCCCGACCAUCAUGAAGGUCGGGGGAAUUAUAUCUAUGUCUCACCUGUGCAUGAAGUUUCCUACCCCGGCUAGGGUUGGAGUUCUACGCGGUGACGCUCAGUCGGCCAGGAAGUGCUAUACACGAGCAGUUAAUUGGCGAGACGCGGGUUCGUCCCGAGUAAACACAAUCAUCCGGUAG